UUUAUCGUUUCAUAUUUUAGAUAUAGAUAACUUAUAGUAUCACUAGUAACAGUAAGAACGCUUGUCCUCGAGAAAGUAUUCCCGAGAGGUCAUUUUAAAAUAGGUGAAUCACCAAGGACAGGACAUCAACGCUGUGAUAGAAGCUGUUCGUUCCAUAUCCGGUCAUUUUUUAAACCAGAGGACAGAAUGAUGAACGGAAAUGCAUUAUUUUAAGUUGUUCACCUUCAAGUGUUUCAUUGAUUGUUUUUAAAAGGAAGCACAGAAGACAGAUUCUCAAAUAUCUUGAGAAAUCCAAAGGACCAAAAUUUUUCGAGAAAACGGAUUUUUUCAGAAUAAAAAAAAUUAUUAUUUUUGAAAUAAAUAAACUCCAGUACAAGAACAGGAGUAGACACAGACAGAAGAAUCAUAAUAAUGGGUUCAACAGAUCCCCGAGAAUAUCUGAGCGGCGAAAAAGGAGACAUGAUACUGUUGGAUGCGAUCACUGAUGUUGAAAGAGAUAAUGACAUAAACAAAGUUCCUGAAGCCAUGCCUUUCGACUUGGAACAACAAACAACUACAAAAGAUAUAGAGGCAGAACAACAAAAUGAUAUUCCAAAAAGAGAGACGUGGGAUAAAAAAUUAGAUUUCAUCAUGUCAUGCAUUGGAUUUGCUGUUGGUCUGGGAAACGUUUGGAGGUUUCCUUAUCUAUGUUAUAAAAACGGAGGAGGAGCAUUUCUCAUACCAUAUUGUCUCUUCAUUGUCAUUGGAGGAGUACCGGUAUUUUUCCUGGAAGUAUCACUCGGCCAAUUCAUGAAGCAAGGGGCAUUCGGGAUCUGGGACAUUUGCCCAAUUAUGAAAGGUAUUGGGUUUGCAUCCACGAUCAUCGUAUUCUUCUGCAACUGUUAUUACAUUAUGGUUCUUACGUGGGCUAUUUAUUAUUUCUUUCGCUCAUUCACAUCCAUACUGCCGUGGUCAACAUGCAACAACCCAUGGAACACAGAAUUCUGUUCCACUAACUUUACAGCGAACAAUUUCACGAUGUCAGACAACAUAACAAACUUCAACGGAUCAUCCAUAGAAAUAUCAUCACAAAAUUUGACAAACAUCACAAAUGCCAAUCUUACUACUAAAUGGACGUCUCCUGUUGUUGAAUUUUGGGAGAGAGAAGUUCUUCAAAUAACUUCUGGAAUCACUGAACCAGGAGACAUAAGAUGGCAACUUGUACUUUGUCUUCUGUUGGCUUGGACUGUUUGUUAUAUUUGCAUUUGCAAGGGAGUUAGAAGCACUGGAAAGGUGGUAUAUUUCACCGCUGUCUUCCCUUAUGUCGUACUACUUUGUCUGUUAGUUCGUGGCUCAACAUUGCCUGGUGCGACUGAAGGAAUAAGAUUUUAUUUGCAACCAAACUGGACCAAGUUAACAGAGGGACAGGUUUGGGUUGAUGCAGGAACUCAAAUAUUUUUUUCAUACGCCAUUGGUCUUGGUGCUUUGUCUGCUCUUGGAAGUUACAACGUGUAUCAUAAUGAUUGUUACAAGGACUGCUUCAUUCUCGCUAUCGUCAACUCCGCCACUAGUUUCUUCUCUGGCUUUGCAAUUUUUGCAUUUCUGGGCUUUAUGGCAUACGAACAAAAUGUACCUGUUUCAGAAGUGGCAGAGUCUGGCCCAGGCCUGGCAUUUCUGGCAUAUCCGAAAGGCGUUACUAUGAUGCCACUGUCGCCACUAUGGUCCUGUUUAUUUUUUUUCAUGAUAUUACUUUUGGGACUCGACAGCCAGUUCGUUGGUGUAGAAGGCUUCAUCACUGCACUAACUGAUUUAUUUCCACGUCAACUACGCAGAAGACGAGAAUUAUUUGCUGCAUUUACUUGUUUUAUCUGCUUUCUUGUCGGUCUUUCCAUGGUUACCCAGGGUGGUAUGUACGUUUUCCAAAUAUUCGACUAUUAUUCAGCAAGUGGGAUGACCCUACUUUGGAUGUCUUUCUGGGAAUGUAUUACCGUUGCUUGGAUAUAUGGUGGUGAUCGUUUUUAUGACAAUAUACAACAUAUGAUAGGAUAUCGACCAAACCCUGUUAUCAAAUGGUGCUGGAUGUUUGUUACUCCUCUUGUUGUUUUAGUUAUUCUGAUUUCAACUUGGGUCAGUCACGAAAACCUCGUCUACAAUAGAACAUAUCAUUAUCCAUUCUGGGGUAUAAUGUUAGGAUGGGGAUUUGCGUUAUCUUCAAUGAUCUGCAUUCCAGCUGUUGCCAUAUUCAAGAUUCUAACUACUCCUGGUACAUUGAGAGAGCGAUUAACUAUUCUUACGACACCAUUGCUUCAACCACACCAUUGUGACAAGACAAAAGAAACUCAGCUCGAACCAUUUCUAGCUACUGCUUGUCCAGAAGAAAAAGAAGAAUGCCCUCUUACAAUAUGUUGUCAUAGUGAAGGUAUAACCCCCACUAGUGAUGAUUCAAAUAUAAAUAAAUGUGAAACCCCACCGCCAGUGUAUAGUGACACCCAAUUUCACGUCACUGACUGAUUUCAAGAGGAAUUAGCAUUCACAUUUGGUGGGCUAUUGUAUCUUGGAAAAUCCCCGCUGAAUUUUGAAUAUCCUACCUGUAAUAAACUUCGUAUAGAUUUAGAAACACCUAAAAGUUAUUUAAAAGUUGAGGUAACAAUAAAGUUGAAUUUAAAAAUUUGCGCAAUACAAUAUAAGAACAACAGAAUAAUAGUAAGUCAAGUUUCUUCUCUGUUUAAAAAAUCCAUUGAAUGAAGACAAAAUAUAUUUGGGUGCUCCCGAAGUAUUCGUACCAAGAUGGCUCACAACCUGAACAUAGUAAUUGUACGAGGUCAGGGUUGUUCAGGUUGUGCGUCAUCUUGAAUAAAUAUUUGCAUACCAGAUGAGAGGGCCUUCUAAUAAAGCUAUCUUAUCGGCUUCCCCCCCUUCUAAGAUAUAUAUAUUAGAAAUUAGAUAUAUACAGCAGAAAUUACUGCUGAUAAAUAAUUGCUUGUCAGCUGCAAAACAUAAAUGAAUUCCAUGUUACUUGCAUCUAAGUAUGAUUUCGUUUCACGUGAUAGAAAGUUAUCAAGCUUUUACUUCUGAGGUGAAACAAGUCAAUGAAUUGGACUUGGUGAAUUCAAACUAUGCUCAAAGUGAUAAAAAAGCAUAAUUUAUAAGUCAUUCAGUUAAGAUUUUUGUCAUGUAGAAGUUCAAAUAAAAGUGUUGUGUAAUAAAUGUUAUUCUGGCACCCCGUUCUGGAUAGAUUUUAUCAAUAAUUACUUGUUGUUUUAACUCAAAGUUUUUUUUUUAUAAUUUAUCAUUCAUCCAGUAUUCUAUAUAUAAUGAAAUGUUUUAAAACUUCAAUCGAGCAAAUAUUUUGAGUCUAUUUUAGUCAUUUUUGAAUUGUAUGACCUAUCGCCAACCGAUUAUACAAUAUCAUAGGCUAUUUAUAAUAUCGUUCUAGCUAUUUAUUGUCUGUAUUUAAUCUAUUCAUUACAUAUGCUUGUUCUUGUAUGCUUGUUAUAUGAUUAUAAUAAGUGAGAUAGGAAAAUAUAAGUCACAGUUACCAAUCCAAUAUUUAAAAGCAAUUUUGGUCGUAUAUUGAUAUGCGUUGUCAUGGACUACGUCUAGAAACGAUGUGAUAUGCUUUUAUAUUUAUCAUCACUUAUCGUAAUUUUCCAAGUCGUGUACCAUUGCUCGUUGAUAGAUAAUGAAAAAAAAACUGAAAGCUAAAAUUUCAAACAUGUAAACGUUUUCUGCGCUUUUAUAUAUAUAUAGCUAUAUCAAUUUGUAUGAAGAUUAUUUACCGGAAGACUUGGGAGUACAUCCAUUAUACAUCUCUCGUUCCAUGAAUGCUAUCCUUCAUUUUGUACUCCAGUGUUUUAUAUAAGAUUUAUAAACAAUCUAAUAACUAUUCUUCAAAUGGGAUCCUAUCAGUCUGUUAUAUAUAUAAAUUUUUUAUGUGUUUGUAAAUGAACAAAGUUUUAAUAUAUCUAUGAUAUUUAGUUAUCUUAUUAAGAAAAAUUGUGGCAUAGUGUCAUGAUUGAAAUUAUGAAAAAAUAAAUAAAUAAAUGAUUGAAUGGUAAAUCUGCAA